GGCUUUGGAGUAGGGGACUUGGCAGGCUCUUCCCAUGGCAGUCAUAAUCACUCUCCUCCUUCUGUUCUGGUGUGGGGACCCCCAGGCUGCUGCAGACAGCAUCCAGACCGUCUAUGUAAUCUCAGGGGAGUCAGCUGAGCUGCCGUGUCCUUCACCACCCUCCCUACUUGGGGUCCAGCUCCUAAACUGGUUCCGCAGUCCUGCAGCAGGUUCUUCCACCAUCUUGGUGGCCCAGAUCCAAGUAGACAGGCCAGUCUCAGAUCUGGGGAAACCUGAGACUGAUUCCAGGUUCAAAGUCCUCAGGAACUAUUCCUUAUUGCUGGAGGGGCCCCUGGAUGAAGAUGCUGGGCGGUACUGGUGCACUGUGAUGGAUCAGAACCAUAAAUAUCAGAACUGGAGGGUGUAUGAUGUCUCCGUGCUCAAAGGAUCCCAGUUCACUGUGAAGUCUCCAGAUGGACCCUCUUGCUCUGCCCUCAUGUGCUCUGUGGUCCCCACCAGACAUCUGGACUCUGUGACUUGGCUAGAGGGGAGGAAUCCUGUGAGAGGACAUGCUCAGUACUUUCGGGGAGACGGGGCUGCCCUGCUAUUGGUGUGUCCUGCAGAGGGGCUUCCUGAGACCAGGAGUCGUAGGCCGAGGAAUAUCCGCUGCCUUAUGCCUCAGAACAAAAGAUUCAGCUUUAGCCUGGCAGCAACUUCCACUGAACCAUUUCCCACUGUUUGUGCCCCUGUUCCGAGCUGGGAUGUGCCCUGGAUACUGAUGUUGCUGUUCACAGCAGGCCAAGGAGUCACCAUCAUGGCCCUCAGCAUCGUGCUCUGGAGGAGGAGGGCCCAGGGGUCUCGGGACAGAGGACACCGGACGCGGUGCUAUGACUGCGGUGGAGGUCCCAGCAGCUCCUGCAAACAGACGGUCAUCACCUGUGGUGAGGGUGAGCGCUGUGGCUUUCUAGACCGAAAACCCCAACCCAACCCAGGACAAGCCAAGCAACCCUCCAUGACCCUGAGUCAGCACCACCCAGCCUGCGUGGCCACGAAUCAUUGCAAUCAAGUGGACAUAGAGUCAGUCGGGGGUGUGACCUUCACAACCCACAAAAACUGCUGCGUCGGAGACCUGUGCAACAGCGCCGUGGCGAGCUCUGUGACCCCUCUCUGCAUCCUGGCUGCAGCUGUUACUACCCUGGUCUGGCUCUUGCCAGGACUGUAGAGCUGACAGUGGAUUGAGGGUAGGGAGGAGACUGGGGGAACCAACCCAACACUGAAGGUGAGAAGAUGGGAACUCCUUUGUGUGCCAUUAAAACCUCUGGACUGA